AUGGUCAAAAUAGAUUUAAAGACCAUCUUAGAAAUGAUAGAUUCAGGUUCUACUACAAGGAACAAAGACACUAUUAUUGAUUUGAUUCUCAAUGACCAUAAUAACGUUCAAACUUUUUAUGAAAAACUUGAAAGCACUUCAAAUUCUGAAGAAAAAUUGGGUUUCCAUGAUGAAUGUGAACAAUUAAUACUUUAUCCUUAUUUGAGAGAUUUGAAUAACGAAAAAGCUGAAAGAUAUUACAAAGAAAGCUUGGAAGAUCAUCAAGAGAUACGUAAUUUAUUAUAUCAUAUUCGGUACUCAGAAAUGAAUGAAGAACUUGAGAAGAAAAUAAAUAAAGCAAUGAAGACUAUUUUCCUUCAUUUUGAAAAAGAAGAAAGAGACAUAUUACCUUUAAUGAGACAAGAGAUGGACAAUAAUAUUUUAUUAAGUGCUGGCAAUUCAUUUAAAGAACUCAAAUAUAAACUUAACGUAAAAUCAUAUAUACAUUCUCCUACUAAAGAUAUAACAGCAGCUAUUGCUAGUGUAAUGAUUAGGCCUUUUAAAAACGUUGAAGAAAUUAUGGACGCUUAA